AAAACCGUUCAGUUUCAACGUUGAUUCGACGCUAGCUUGAGGUUAUCCGUGAACAAAGUAUGUCUUUCAAUAGUAAAGUAGUGUUAGUGACUGGCGCUAGCUCCGGCAUCGGCGCAGCGACGGCGUUACUCUUCGCCAAGGAAGGCGCGGACGUGGCUCUCGUCGCGAGGAACGCGGCCAAGCUCGCAGUCGUCGCCAAGCAAAUCGAAGCGCUAGACAAGAAACCACUGAUCAUCCAAGCUGAUAUUUCCAAUGAAACAGAGGUUAGCACAGUCGUCUCAAAAACGGUCGAUCACUUCGGAAAAUUAGAUGUACUCGUCAAUAAUGCUGGAAUAGCCGUAGAGGGUUCCAUUCUGAAUGGUAAUGCAUUAGACGCGUACGAUAAAGUAAUGAAACUAAACGUUCGAGCGGCGAUCCAGCUGACUACCUUAGCCGCUCCUUUCCUCGCUAAGACGAAAGGGAACAUUGUCAACGUUUCAAGCAUAGCAUCAACACUCACGAGCAAAUCGCCAACGGGCUUACCAUAUUGCGUAUCGAAGGCGGCGUUGGAUCAUUUUACUCGGUGUUCAGCAUUGGAACUAGCAUCUAUCGGAAUCAGAGUAAACAGCGUCAAUCCUGGACCGGUCGACAAUGAAUUUGCUACCAACAACAAUCAAGGAGAUUCCAGGGUUAUUACACAGGAAUGCGCCAAAAUCUCUCCCCUGGGAUUUCUGCCCAAGAGCGAGGAGAUUGCACAUGUGAUCCUGUUCCUAGCUAGCGAGAAAGCUAGAAGCGUUACUGGUUCUAAUUAUGUCAUUGACAACGGGUUCCUUUUCAAAGGGUAACAUA